GGCUAUAAGAACGCCGGCGAGCUAACUCCCAAAACCCUCUCCAGCUCUUUCGAGUACUGAUUCUUGCCCUAAUUGUCUCUUUUUGGGAGGGCCGAGUGGUUCGACACCGCCGUCACCUCCAAAAGCAAGCAUGGGUAAGGAGAAGGUCCAUAUCAACAUUGUCGUCAUUGGUCAUGUUGACUCUGGCAAGUCGACCACCACCGGGCAUCUCAUUUACAAGCUUGGUGGAAUUGAUAAGCGUGUGAUUGAGAGAUUUGAAAAGGAGGCCGCGGAAAUGAACAAGAGGUCUUUCAAGUAUGCAUGGGUUUUGGACAAGCUGAAGGCUGAGCGCGAGCGUGGUAUCACCAUUGAUAUUGCUUUGUGGAAGUUUGAGACCACCAAGUACUACUGCACAGUCAUUGAUGCUCCUGGUCACCGUGACUUCAUUAAGAACAUGAUCACAGGAACCUCCCAGGCUGAUUGUGCUGUCCUUAUUAUUGACUCCACUACUGGUGGUUUUGAGGCUGGUAUCUCAAAGGAUGGGCAGACCCGUGAGCAUGCUUUGCUUGCCUUUACCCUUGGUGUGAAGCAGAUGAUUUGCUGUUGCAACAAGAUGGAUGCGACUACACCAAAAUACUCCAAGGCAAGGUAUGAUGAAAUUGUUAAAGAAGUGUCCUCCUACCUGAAGAAGGUAGGUUACAAUCCUGAGAAGAUUCCUUUUGUUCCCAUCUCCGGUUUUGAAGGUGACAACAUGAUCGAGAGGUCCACAAACUUAGAUUGGUACAAGGGCCCAACUCUUCUUGAGGCCCUUGACAUGAUCCAGGAGCCCAAGAGGCCCUCUGACAAGCCACUUCGACUCCCGCUUCAGGAUGUCUACAAGAUUGGUGGCAUUGGUACCGUCCCUGUUGGACGUGUUGAGACUGGUACCCUCAAGCCUGGUAUGGUUGUCACCUUCGGGCCGAGUGGGCUGACUACUGAAGUGAAAUCUGUUGAGAUGCACCAUGAAGCCUUGCAAGAAGCACUUCCUGGGGACAAUGUAGGAUUUAAUGUUAAGAAUGUUGCCGUCAAAGAUCUCAAGCGUGGUUAUGUUGCCUCCAACUCGAAGGAUGAUCCUGCAAAGGAGGCCGCCAGCUUCACUUCUCAGGUUAUCAUCAUGAAUCACCCUGGUCAGAUUGGUAAUGGUUAUGCCCCUGUGCUUGAUUGCCACACCUCUCACAUUGCUGUCAAAUUCUCCGAGAUCCUCACCAAGAUUGACAGGCGAUCUGGCAAGGAGCUUGAGAAGGAGCCCAAGUUCCUUAAGAAUGGUGAUGCUGGAUUUGUGAAGAUGAUUCCCACUAAGCCUAUGGUGGUUGAGACUUUCUCUGCGUACCCCCCUCUUGGUCGUUUUGCUGUGAGAGACAUGAGACAGACCGUGGCUGUGGGAGUUAUCAAGAGCGUUGAGAAGAAGGAUCCUAGUGGUGCCAAGGUCACCAAGUCUGCUGCGAAGAAGAAGUAAAGCUUGAGGCCACGAGAUAUGGGCUGCAACAGCCAUAAUAGAGCUCGUCUUUUGAGUCAUGCGGUGGUGAUGUUGACCGCAGGUCGGAGUUAGGUUUUUGUGUUAGAGUUCCUUUUGUUUUUUUCAGGUUAGAUACAUCUUAAUAUGGUUGAAAUUUUGAUUCCAUUUUAUGAUUUUUGGGAUUUGAGGUAUGUCAUUUACAGCUAUAUACUAUGCAUAUUUGGUUUUAUUGGAGACUUCAAACUGUUGUGGAAGAAUUUAUAUUCUCUGGCUA